AAGUUCCACCUCCUCUCCUCUCCUCUCUCUGCCUGCCUCUAGUCUCUCUGCUCCGGCCUCCUGUCUCUCUGCAGAGCCUCUUGAGCACCAUGGAGCUCCGUUACUCACCACUGCUCCUCUUCUUCUCCUUCUUCAGCUGUAUUGUUCCUCCUCUGGUCGCCUCCUCGGAGCCUCUGGAGCCGUAUGAUUUCCUCUUCGACACGGCAGUGGAAGCCUACUACAAGUCGGACUGGCUCACCGUGAUCCUGAACAUGGAGAAGGCGCUCCGGAACAAAGCGACGGUCCGCAGCGUGAAGGCUCAGUGCCGGCUCGGCUGCUCCAACCAGACCGGCCUGGGAGCUCCCAUCCCGGGGGCCGGAUCCGUGGACGACCUGGGCUUCUUCCAGAAGAUCCUCAAACGAGCAGACUGCGUGAACUCCUGCGAGACGGAGAAGCUCGGAUCUCCCACUCUGCACCAGGUCACUGAAGAUGUGAAGCUGGAGUUCAACAAGAGGACCCCCUAUAAUUACCUGCAAGUCGCUUAUUUUAAGAUCAAUAUGCUGAACAAGGCGGUGGCCGCUGCCAACACGUUCUUCCUGGCCAACCCAGAUCAUGUGGAGAUGAGACAGAACCUGGAGUACUACAGGAUGAUGGCCGGAGUUCAACCGGAGGAUUUCAAAGAUCUGGAGGCCAAGCCACAUAUGGCCGACUUCCUGCUGGGGAAGAGCUACUACAGCGACGACUCGUUCGGCCUGGCGGCCGAUCACUUCGAAGCGGCGGUAGACGAGUACUUCACCGCCGAUAAGGAGUGCAGAGCGCUGUGUGAGGGAGCCUACAACUACGACGGGUACAACUACAUGGAGUACAGCGCUGACCUGUUCCAGACCAUGACAGACCACUACAUGCAGGUACUGAACUGUAAGCAGCACUGCUCAGUAGAGUUGGCCUCAACCGCUGGCAAAGACAAGCCCUUUGAGGACUUCCUCCCCGCGCACUUCAACUACCUGCAGUUCUCCUACUACAACAGUGAGAAGUACGAGAAGGCCAUAGAGUGCGCUAAGACCUUCCUGUUGUUCCACCCCAACGACGAGGUGAUGAACCAGAACCUGGCGUAUUAUUCUGCCGUCUUGGGUGAAGACAAGGCAGGAACUAUAUCAGCCAGACAGGUGGUGAAACUGUACAUUCAGCAGUCCAUACUGGAAAAAGAGCUGCUCUACUUUGGAUACGAAGCCUUCGGAAUCACCUUCGUAGACCCGGACACGUGGACUCCUGAAGAUGUCAUGCCCAAGAAACUGAGAGACAAGCAGAAAGCCGACAGAGAGACCGCGGCGAGGAUCACAGAGGAAAUAGGAAACCUAAUGAAGGAGAUCGAGACUCUGGUCGAGGAGAAGAAGAAGGAUUCUUCAGAUGUGACCAUGAUGAUAGCGCCGCAGGAAGGCUCUCUAGGGGGUGCUGUGUUGUAUGACGACAUCAAGGUGACCAUGACGUCCACGCAGCUGAACGGCUCUCAGCGGGUGCUGCUGGACGGGGUGAUCACUGACGACGAGUGCAGGGAGCUGCACCGCCUCUCCAACGCAGCUGCUCUAAAAGGUGACGGCUACAGGGGGCGCCCUUCCCCCCACUCGCCCAGUGAGAUGUUCCAGGGAGUCACUGUCCUGAAGGCUGUGAAGCUCGGACAGGAAGGAACGGUUCCCCUGAAGAGCGCUCGUCUGUUCUUCGACCUCAGCGAGAAGGUGAGGAAGGUGUUGGGGUCGUACUUCGGUCUGGACGCUCCGCUCUACUUCUCCUACUCCCAUCUCGUCUGUCGCACCGCCAUCGAUGAGAAGCAGGAGGACCGCGAGGACCUGAGUCACCCGGUCCACGUGGACAACUGUCUGCUGGUCUCUGAGCUGAACGAGUGUAUAAAGGAACCUCCUGCAUACACACACAGAGACUUCAGCGCCAUCCUUUAUCUGAACGAUGACUUCGAGGGAGGAGAUUUCAUUUUCACUGAGUUGGAUGCUAAAACAGUCACGGCCGAGGUGCGUCCACAGUGCGGCCGCGUGGUCGGGUUCGAAGCGGGGCAGGAAAACCCCCACGGUGUCCGAGCCGUCACCAAGGGUCAGAGGUGUGCUGUGGCGCUGUGGUUCACCCUGGAUCCUGCUCACGAGGAAAAGGAGAGAAUCCAAGCUGAGGACAUGCUGAAGAUGUUUUCUACCCCUGUGGACGCGGAGUUCAUCAAAAAGGAGGAGAGCGACACCCCCGAGCCCCGGCCGACAACAACACCAGAACCUCCCGCGCAGGCUGACCGGGUCAAAGCGGACGAUAAGCAAGAUGACAAACCGGCGGAGCAGAAGCCGGACGCACCAGCAGACACGCAAGCGAAGGACAAAGUGGAGGCGAAACCAGUCAGCAAAACAAAAACGGGCGCUAAAGCCAAAGCUGCUCCUAAAGCGAAGGCCAAGGAGGCAAAGACGGCAGACAAACCUGCUGCUAAAAAAGACGGUAAAAAGACGGUUAAAACACAAGCCAAGCAGGCAGGGAAAAAGGACGCAAAACCAGCUGGGAAAAAGACAGUAAAAGUUGCCGCCAAGAAGGACUCCAAAAACGCUAAAGCUGACGCCACGUCGGCCUCAGACUCUCAGAGCGGGAAGGUGGAGCUGUGAUCAGACGGCUCCUGUGACUGUGUCUAUGUGGAGUCUGUUAUUUUCUACAAGGUCUUCUCUGUGGGUGGGUGAAUGAGUGAAAGGUUGAGUUAGUAAGUUCACUGCAGAUGUCACUGAAAUCAUAACUUGAGUGCAAUCAAACUGACAAUCACAGCUAGAGCGCCCAAGUUAAGAGUUAAAUAUGAGCAGAACUUUUCUGUUGUGUGUGAAUCGUUGAAAUAAAAGUGAUGUUUCUAAAUUA